CAUCUGGGUUUUAAAUGCCUUUACGGACGAGCUGCUGUUUCUCUGGAUGUACACGGUGACUGUAUGUUUGAGUCAUUUUUUUUGUCAUGUCAUGUUGAAGUUCAGCUUUACAAAAAUACAGUACAAACGCAAUAAAACUGCACAAAGCAGUUUUCAAACAUACUCCAGGAUAUCUGAUUAAAUAAAUAAAUUAGCGUUACUUGAGCAGAGGUCUCAGUGGUUGCAUCACAGCGUGCGGUCAGCUGCUGAGCGUCUCAGUACUGACGCGCUGCUGCUGCAGGUGGGCCAGGCGCGCUGAUCUCUACCUCCAGAGGUCAUUCUCACAUUUGCCACUUGUUGCCUAAAGAAAGCGGGCGCUCCAGCAUUUAUGACUGAGUAUGUUCGUGUUGCACCUGAAAGAAGACUCGUGAUUGGGCUGUUUCGGCAACAUGGUUGAUAACUCAAGUGUAACUACUAAGUCUGUGUUGCAAAGCUGUUUCUCCUCUGGCAGCAGCCUUCCACGCCAAACACCCCACAGCCCGUAUCCCGGCGCACAGUCUCACCAGCUCGGCAGCGGCGGCAUGAAACUCGAGGCUGUCAUGGAAAACCUGCAGCGCCAACAGGCAGCGCGCCUCGCCCUGGAGGAGAAGCUCCGGCAGGCGGAGAAAGAGAAAGAGCUCCGCUGUAUGGUAGAGUCCCAGAUCCACCAACAAGCUCUGGCUUUCCGCCACUAUCAGCUGGCGAUGCCAGGCGCCCUCUCCGCCGGAGCUGAAAGCUCACCCCCAGGAGUGACCCCUCCUCACAUGGAAGUCCGUAUAUGCGCCGAAGACGGGAACUCCAACCCCGGUAUCUACGUUAAAGACCGGGACGGGGAGGGAGAUGACACGGAAGUACAGGAUCUCAUGGACGAAGACGAGGACGGGGACGAUGUUGGGUUAAACCAGUCCUCUCUGCAGGAAGCGUGCGUGUCUCAGCAUCUCAGAGUCCCAGCUGUCUUCGCUACCCACGGUCACGCAGACUCUCCAUCGUCGCACGCCGCGUCGCAGCAACACGAGUGGACCUAUGAGGAGCAGUUCAAACAGUUAUACGAACUGGAUGAUGAUGAAAAACGCAAAGAGUUUCUCGAUGACCUUUUCAGUUUCAUGCAGAAACGGGGAACUCCAGUGAAUCGGAUUCCUAUCAUGGCCAAGCAGGUGUUGGAUCUCUACAUGCUCUACAAGCUUGUUACAGAAAAAGGCGGCUUAGUGGAAGUCAUCAAUAAGAAAAUAUGGCGGGAGAUCACCAAAGGCCUUAACCUCCCUACCUCUAUUACCAGUGCAGCUUUCACUCUCCGAACACAGUAUAUGAAGUACCUCUACCCAUAUGAAUGUGAAAAGCGGGGAUUGAGCUCCCCUGGCGAGCUUCAGGCAGCUAUUGACAGCAACCGCCGCGAAGGCCGAAGGCAGAGUUAUGGCUCAGCCAUCUUGAACUGCUCUCUUGUGGGAAGCCAAAGCCUUCUGUCCUCACCAAAGAUACAGAUGUCCCACCUACCCAUUCCUACUCACAACAGUGGCCAAAUCUCCCAGGUUCCUGUGAUCAAGAAAGAGGAACCCAUGAUUGCCAGCUGCCUGUCCAGGCCUGGCUCUCCCAUGUCUCCCAGCAGCCAUCCUGCUGCAGCCAUGGCCGUCCAGACAGCCGCUCUGGAACAGCUGAGAGAGAAACUGGACAGUGGUGAGCCGCCACAAAAGAAGACGAUGAUAGAGCAGCAGAGGAUCAUGCAGCAUGCCCUGCAGCAAAACCUGCUGGCAAUGGCCUCCCAGCUACCCCUCAACAUCAAACUUAACAACAGAGAUGAUAGACAAGAGACUGCAUUGAACCUGUCUACCAACGGCAUUAGCAGCAUCAACAUGUCAAUAGAAAUAAAUGGAGUUGUCUACACAGGCAUCCUGUUUGCUCGGCAGUCGCCCAUAGCAGGGAUGGCAGGACACCAUGGGAAACAUCAUGGCUGUCAGACUCAGGGAAAAAACAGCCCUACAAAGUUCCAGCCCUCCUCAUCCUCCUCAUCCUCUGCUUCUUCUCUCCAUGGACACCGAAACACCUCCCCCUGACCCUCCACUUAUUCUCACCUCCCCCUCCAGUCCCAGUAAGAAGAACCAUUUUACUAAAUCAUCAGAUUAACUGCAGUUUAUUUCAGUUGUGGUUUACUCGACAUCCACAUGAUUCUACACAGGUGAGCAAACUGCUGAUUAAAAAGCAACUGUUGCAUAUAGACAUCUACCUGCCCCCCUUUCCCCACUCCGCAGGGUUAAUUCAAUUUUCAAUUCAAUUUAAUUUCAAUUCAAUUUUAUUU